CACCCCAGCCGCUGAGCACCAGAAGCGACCACAAGCAGCGACGAUCACGGCGAAGGCGACAGUGUCGAUCGCAGCUCUGUCCCGCCGUAGUGCCACCAUAGAUUCUUAGAUUCUUUGCAAUUGCCGUGUGAAACCACCAUUUUUUCCCGUCGUCCCAGCACCGUAAAAUCUAUAUUGACUUUUCGCAUGGUUGGUACAGAAGACAUUUUCCGUCGUUUCCAGAAAGCUCGCGUGUCCGUACUUUUGCCUUACCUUCUGAGGGCUAACGAAUUACUGACUACGACUGCGCCGUCUUUAAAAACUGCGGCGCAGCAGCGAAUCUGCGAAUGCAGGAGUUAAAAGAUGGUGCAGUCGAGUUCGGAUUCGUGUCGCCUCCCGCGGCUGCGGCUACGGCAGCGUCUGCGGCCCAUCGCGCAGCUGGUGCCGGUCGCGCUGGCGCUGUCGGCGACGAGCACGGCGGGCGGCGGGCGGCGUACGCUGCACCGGCGGGACUUCAAAGUGCCUGGUGCGGAGUGCCUGGUGCGGCGUGCCUGGUGCGGUGUGCCUGGUGCGGCGUGCCUGGUGCAGUACGUGAACUGGGUGGUCAGUACGUGGUGCAAGGCAACUUCGUGGUCAUCAGCGCCGACUCGUGGGGCGACUGGGAGCACAACGGCGUCGACCUCGCGGUGGGAGCCCGCCCGGUCGACCGAGUUACCUACAUGGCUGCAUCAUGCGGUACCCUACUCGCGCACUGAGUGGUCGUCAGCGCCUCUUGCGGCCACUGGGAGCAGUAACGGUGCCGACCUUGGGGUGAGUCCACGUGGCGCCUCGUCGUUGCGCUGCUCGUCCGUGCUCUCUCUCACUCGUGGCGGCAGGCAUCGCUGCACCCUGCGCCGUGCAGCUGUUCUGUUCCGCCGCCACCACUCCACCUGCUCGCCAUUCGUCACGCUCUUGCCCGCGCCACCCUUCCCCCCCCCCCCCACACAAAACCUCCCCCCCUCCUCUGUGGUACACGGCGACCCCGAUGGGUACACGGCGUUUUCGAAGGAGGGGCAGACGCAGGGAAAAUUUGAGUUUAGGGCAUGUCGCAACGCGAGGGCACUACCGCUUCUGCUGCACCAACAACUCGUGGAUGUGAGGGAGGGGGAGCGGUCAGCGAAGUGCAUGGGCGGUGAGCGCGAGGGCGAUUCUGCUUGAGUUGCGCCAGCAGGAGCAAGUGAGUGCGGUUGGAGCGGAGCGCAGCAGGGGGAAGAGUGCGCAUGGCAGGAGUGGCCGGAUGGCAGGGUGCAGCGUGUGCGUCAGCAGCGCGUGUGGGCGCGGAUGUGGCGGCACAUGGAGGUGGCGGUGUGAGGGCAAGGGGGAGUGGCAGUGAGAGAGGCGGCGGUGGCAUGAGCCUGGCCAGAAAGGGAUGACUUGAUGGAGCGCGCGCAGCGCAGGGGGUAUGGGAGGCGGGGGGGGGCAGGCUGGUGGGUAUGGGGAGGAGCAAGUGAGGGGAUGUGCGUGGGCGUUUGGAGGUGCACAGAAGAAGAAGAUUUCUGUGGCUCGGGUGCUCGACGAAAUGUAAUGUUGUGGCACCAUUCUAGUUUCAUAAAGCUUUCGUCCAGGG